AUGGCGCCUCCAACAAGCCCCUCAGGCGACAAUCUCAUGAAGCGCGCUGGCCUAAUCCGACGCAUCAAGUUGUUUUUUCAAGCAUGGAUCGUGAAGAUCAGCCUUGCGUCAAUGUUCAAGAUCAUGCGCAUCACCGGCGCAACCAAGCUCAAACCCACGCUCCCUGAGUAUACAAAGCGCUAUCCUGUGCGUCCGAUGCUCGAGCAUAGGGUCUUUCUUCCCCCAGAUCAUGUUCAGAAGCAACGGCAGGGAGAAAAGUUGCCGCUGCUGAUAUCAAUUCACGGUGGAGGCUUCAUGGUCUGUGACCCGCAAGUCGACGACACGAUCAACCGGCACUUCGCCAGCCGGCACGGCUUGCUCGUCAUCAGCAUUAACUACCGCCUCGCGCCGCGCAACCCCUUCCCGGACAGCGUGCACGACGUCGCUGAGUCCAUCCGCGCCAUCCUAGCCUCCCCACCGCACCCCUACGACGCCUCCCGCGUCUCCAUCAUGGGCUUCUCCGCUGGCGGCAACCUGACCCUGUCCGUGGCACAACUGCCCGAUAUUAAAGAAAAAGUCCAAUCAUUGGUCGCCUUCUACCCCGUGGUCGACUUCUCCGGGAAAUACAAGGGCAAGUACAAAACAACCAAGGACGGGAAACCCGAUAUGCUGAAGAAUGUCGCCCCGAUUUUCAACUGGGCUUAUAUCCCGCCAGGUCAGGAUAAGACGGAUCCGCUGCUGAGUCCGAUUUAUGCGGCAAACAGGGAGAAGCUGCCGCAGAGGGUGUUCUUUAUUGCCGCCGAGUAUGAUUACCUGGAGCAUGAGGCGAAUGCGAUGGCGAAGAUGCUCGCGGGUGUGGAGACCAGCAAUGAGGAGUUGGGCGUAGAGUGGGAGAGGAACGGUGUCAACUGGCGUACUGUCCCGAAUGUCAUCCACAGCUGGACGCAUAUCGAGUUGAAAGGCGACGAGGAGGUGCAGAGGCUGAAGGGCCUCGAUGCCUUGUAUCAGGACGUGGCUGAUUGGCUUCUGACGUAA